AUGUCAUUGUCGAUCGCCGCUAUAGCCGGCAUUGCCGCCGGUGGCGCCGCCUUGCUCAUCGUGGUGGCCGUGGUGAUCGCGCUUUGGUGCCGGGCGCGCGCGCGGCGUAACAGGACAUCCGAAACCGGCUCCUCGGAUCCUUCCACCCUAGUGGAGUGGGGCAAGGGGGGCCGAAGUUCCUCGGCGCCAGAGCGUCAGGGCGCCAGACAAUUCUCUCUCUCGGAGCUGGCGCAGGCGACCAACAACUUCAGCGAGGCCAACUUGGUUGGCGCCGGGAGCUUUGGCCUGGUGUACAAGGGGUUGCUUUUUGAUGGUUCAGUCGUGGCCAUCAAGAGGCGCACGGGAGCACCAAGGCUGGAGUUUUCCGACGAGGUUAGGAGGCUUUCAGAGAUUUGUCAUCGGAACAUCGUAACUCUGAUUGGUUAUUGCCAGGAAGGAGGUCUACAAAUGCUAGUGUUUGAGUACUCACCCAAUGGCAAUGUCUGUAGCCAUCUAUAUGAUUCAGGGAAAGGCUCGAUGACACGGCUUGAGUUCAAACAGAGGCUAGCAAUAGCCAUUGGUGCAGCUAAAGGUCUGAAUCAUCUGCAUAGUCUUAUGCCUCCUUUGAUCCACAAGAACUUCAAGACGAGCAAUGUACUGGUCGAUGAGAAUUUUAUUGCGAAGGUGGCUGAUGCUGGACUUUUUAGGUUACUCAGAGGACAUGAAGAUGUCGGGUCAUCGCAUGGGUUUAGCAGCAGUGUCUACCAGGAUCCCGAAGCACACUCGGUGGCGCAGUUUUCUGAAAGCAGCGACGUCUACAGCUUUGGAGUGUUUCUUUUGGAGCUAAUUACUGGCAGAGAAGCUGCUAGCUUGCAACCUCCAGAAUCCAGAGAAUCCCUGGCCCACUGGCUGGAAGCACAUUUCAGUUCAAAUGAACUGAUUGACCCAAGGUUAGGUGGCGGUUUCACGACAGAAGGUAUGAAAGAAUUUGUUGGGCUUGCUUUCCAGUGUCUGAACCCAUCCUCCAGAAGGCGGCCGAAGAUUCGGCUGGUUGCGGCUGAACUAGACCGUAUUCUCGAGACGGAGAUGUCUCUAACAACGAUUAUGGGUGACGGAACCGCCAUCAUCACCCUUGGGAGCCAACUAUUUACAUCGUAA